CCUUCUGUCCCACCUCUUCUGACCUUGGCCCUGCCCCUUUCAGGAGCACCAAGCAGCCCCCUCCCCAACUUUCGCCAAGGUUCACAGUGGCUGUCUACCCCUCUGCAACUACCAGAUGCAUCAAAGUUUGGAGAAGACUGCAGAAGUAAAACAUACCCUCCUGCAGGACCAACAUUCAAGGGGACAGUUCCUACAUACAUCAUAAAUCUUGAUUUACCUCCCAGCAGAAGAUGGGACAAGUUGAUGAGUGAAAAAAAAACAGAGUUGAAGACUGUAAUUCAUAGUAUUAAAGAUCUAGCAAAUGCAUUUAUCCCUAGUGGCAAAGUGAUUGAAAUUGUGGAUACUAAGUUGGUUUGGUUGAUUUCCACUCUUCCCUACCCUUUCAAUGAAGAGCUCAAAGGGAUAGCAAAUGCUUCAGGCAUUCCUCCAGGAGAAAUUCUUCUAUUCAAUAUCUUCUAUGAAAUCUUUACCGUAUGCACUUCUAUAGUAGCAGAAGACAAAACAGGAAAGCUGUACCAUGCUAGAAAUUUAGAUUUUGGACUAUUUCUGGGGUGGAACGUAAAAAAUAGUUCUUGGAUUAUAACUCAGGAACUGAAGCCCUUAGUGGUGACUCUGGACUUCCAGAGAAACAACAAAACAGUAUUUAAGUCUACAAACUUCGCAGGAUAUGUGGGCAUAGUAUCUGGAAUCAAACCAGGAAUUUUCACUCUUACGAUGAAUGAGCGUUUCAGUCUUGAUGGUGGUUACAUUGGAAUCUUUGAGUGGAUUCUUGGGAGGAGAGAUGGUAUGUGGAUGGGCUUCCUCACCAGAACUGCACUAGAGAACAGUACAAGUUAUCAAGAAGCAAAGGACCAACUGGUUAAAACAAGGCUACUGGCUCCAGCUUACUUCAUACUGGGAGGAAACAAAACUGGAGAGGGCUGCGUGAUCACUCGUAGCAGACUAGCGACCUUGGAUAUCUGGGACCUUGAUGCAAAUGGGGGCACAUGGUAUGUUGUGGAAACAAACUAUGAUCGUUGGCAAGCUCCCCUUGUCUUGGAUGACCGUAGAACACCUGCAAUGAAGUGCAUGAACCAGACAAAGCAAGAGAACAUCUCCCUAUCAACCAUCUAUGAUGUUCUCUCCACAAAACCUAUCUUAAAUAAGCUGACUGUGUGCACAACACUGAUGGAGGUUUCGGAAGGCCGUUCAGAAAGUUAUCUGCGGGAGUGCAUAGGUUCCUGUAGUCCUUGGUGAUCCUUCACCCACCUGGGAUGAGCUCUGCCUGUGGAACUGGAUGCCUGUCAUUUAAAAUAACUAUUCCUCUGAAAAGGGGUUCUUCAGACUACACAUUUUUUAUGUUUGAUGGCAAUAUGCAAAUAGCCACAAAUGAAGGACCUGUCCUACAUUGGAUCUCUUUGCUUCCUUAAUUAUUGGCAGUUCAGACAACUGUGUCCUAGUAUUCCUUUGUUUAUUCUUCCAAGUAUCUUUUCUGUAAGUGUAAUUCAACAAUCGCCUAUUGGUCCCUGCUAAUUUUUGUUACUGCAGUUGUUCAGAACAUUUCUUUUUGAGAUUAAAGAUAUUUUUAAACGACAACAUUUUAUUAACAUAGCACCCUCUCCCAGUAUGAAAGAACUAGAAAUGGCAUUAAAAGGCAGUUGAUUAAAUUAGUUCUGCUACUUUUUCUUUUCACAAUAACAAAUUAAGAGUAAUAAAGUUGUUUGGAAGAAUGUUUAAUGCUGCUAGUUCCAUAUUAAGAAUGUAUUUCUAAAAUGUCUAUGUAAAAUGACCUAUUCAUAAAGUAACUCUUAUUACAAUAAACAAGCUGUUGGGGAA